GUGAAUCAUUCUGAGCACAGUACGAAUCAGUCACGAAUGAGGUUUGGAUGAAUAUAAGCCGUGCCAAAGCAGUGAAUGUAUUGUUAAUUGGUAUUUAAAUUUUACGACGAAUAUUUAGUGCGGAACUGCAUUGUCUAAAAAUUGUUGGCUUUACUAAUCAAGCUUCGAAACGUAAGCAAGCAAUUCGACCAAAAUGUGGUAUUUACUUGGAACGAUUUGGAUUCUAAUUGCGGUUUGCCAGGCUCACCAGCUUUCAGCUCCCUAUCAGGUUUCUAUUCGAUCAAAUGCAUUUUCAACCACGAGUGAUAUUCACAUUUGUAACGGAGUGAUUAUCAAAGCGGAAUACAUUCUAACCACUGCGAAUUGUAUUUGGAUUCAGGACAAGCAAACCAAUAUAAGUCGAUUUAUUCAUCCAAACGAAACAGUCAUCUAUGCAGGCUAUAUCAGUCUCGGACAAUCAUCCUUGGGCAACCACGAGAGCAUUCGACGAAAUGUAGUGUCCAGAAUUCCUCACAGUAAAUUCAACUUGACCACACUGGAAAAUGACAUUGCACUGCUCAAGCUCGACCGUCCGCUGCCGCUGCAAAACUCAACCGCAGUCCAGUGGAUACAGCUUCAACAGCAGCAGAAAAGCUCGUUCGCAGCCGGUAACAAUGUUAAUGAAAACUGCUUCACGAACAUUUACAACAACUCGGUCGGGGCCAUGAAUUCCACUUUUAGGCCAGGCUUCACUCUAGUAAAUAAUGUAAGUCUUGUGGAUGAAAAGUUCUGUGCCGAACGUCGGAUGAGUUCUUCAACACGGAAUGAAAGCUGCUGGGAAUAUCGAUUCAGUGACAACAGAAUGUGUGAUGUGAGUAUACUAGAAUUGCCGUUACACCCCUUCACUCUAGUAAAUAAUGUAAGUCUUGUGGAUGAAAAGUUCUGUGCCGAACGUCGGAUGAGUUCUUCAACACGGAAUGAAAGCUGCUGGGAAUAUCGAUUCAGUGACAACAGAAUGUGUGAUUUGGAUCCGGUGGCACUAAAGCAAAGCGGAGACCGAGGCACGGCCAUCGUGUGCAACUUCAAAUUAGCGGCCAUAUUGGCAGAAAUAAAUCCACCCGCGAAUCCCCAAAGCUGCAAGCAGAUAAAAUAUACCACCGCAUACUACACACCGGUAGGGUCCUAUCGUGAUUGGAUUGAGAACGAAAUUGGUUCCCUGUACAGCGUUGGACUUUCUGGUGCAACCGGUGGCAUUAGUCCAGCGACUGGCGCUAGCAGUGUUCCCAACAACGCCAAUCCACUGCAGCCUAUUGACUCGAACAGAGCUCCGGCAAGCUCUUGGGGAGACACCCAGGUAGCAGUGACGCCGCCCAUUAAGCCACCAGGAAAACCGUCCUCGGCGUCGGCAGCAUCAAUCAGCGCCACCGGAAUCGUAUCAAAACUAAUUCCCUUUAAUUUAUUCAUUCCAUUUGCCUUCAUUUAUGGAUUCCAUCGGUGCUGAAAAAGCAUCAAUAAAAUGGAAACCAUCGCCAUCGUUCGUCGCAUAGGAACGGUGCGAGCUGGAACCACAUCACACGGUAAGCAAUUUCCAGCCUCCCGAACAGCACAUGCAAUAAAUUGUUCACAACGCCCUGCAGAUGAAUGUCUGCGAAAAUGAAUAAACUUUUUG